AAACACAGGAUAACUCAAUUUAUUUUUCCGACUAAUAAACAAUGAAUUUAAAAAAUUCUAAGUUUUACAAACGAAUUCAAGAGCUGCGCCAUUUCUCAAAAGAGAAAAUACGAAAAGAUCGAGAGCAACGGAGCUUGCGGACCCCGGCUCUACGUGGCGUUGAAAUGGCACUUUCCGAGUCCCAAUGCAAUCGUGACAUUGACUUGACCUGGUCACAACCAUCAUCGCCCAACAGGCAACCGUCAUCGCCCAAGAGGCAGCCGUCGGCACCAUCACGCCGAAAAUGUUUAGGUGGAAAGUCAAAGGUGAUCAAGAAAAAAGUUGAGGAACUGCCCAGCGCACGUGGGAAGGUUUUCAAGCCCGUGAAGGCUGUUGAAACGGAUAACGAUGCUGAGGUUGAUGGGUUUAUUGAGUUAAAUAAGUUGCGCUAUCGUGUGGCCUGUUCAGGACGAAUAGAUUCGGGAUUAGCUCGCCCAACAGACGGUCCAGCUUUUGUUGAAUCCAAGAGCACAAUUUGUGUGUCCAACUCACGCUAUGCGAUGAUUGGAAGAAUAUCCAAGCUUUUGGGCUAUAAACUGGUCAAGGAGUCAAAGCUGUGGAACAUUCUGUGGUCCGACUCGUUUCCCGGCGUGGAAUUGUUCAAGAACAUGAAACGCUUCCAGCAGAUUAAUCAUUUUCCUGGUAUGAUCGAGAUCUGUCGCAAGGACUUGCUCUCCCGCAAUCUGAAUCGCAUGCUCAAAUUGUAUCCGCAUGAUUACAAGAUCUUUCCCAAAACCUGGAUGCUCCCGGCAGACUAUGGCGAUGCCAUGACCUAUGCAAUGAAUCACAAGCGCACCUUUAUCUUGAAACCCGAUUCGGGCGCCCAAGGACGUGGCAUAUGGCUUACCAAUGAUCUGAAGACAAUUGGACCCAACGAACGUCUGAUUUGCCAGACGUAUGUGCAUCGUCCACUACUCAUUGACGGUUACAAGUUUGAUCUGCGAGUUUAUACGUUAAUAACGUCGGUGGAUCCACUGCGAAUCUAUGUAUACAACGAGGGAUUGGCACGAUUUGCAACCAAUAAAUACGUAGAGCCCACGCCCGGAAAUGCCAAUGAUCUUUACAUGCACCUGACCAACUAUUCGGUGAACAAGCGCAACUCCCAAUAUGAUCUCUGUGACAACGAUGAUUGUGGCAGCAAGCGAAAACUGAGUGCAAUCAACAAUUGGAUGACCAGGCAUAACUAUGACGUUAAUGAGUUCUGGGCCAAUGUCGAUGAUGUCAUCAUUAAGACCGUGCUGGGUGCGUGGCCGGUGCUGAAGCAUAAUUAUCAUGCCUGUUUUCCUGGUCACGAUACGAUUCAGGCAUGCUUUGAGAUCUUGGGCUUUGACAUAUUAGUGGACUGGAAGCUGAAGCCAUACAUACUCGAAGUAAAUCACUCGCCUAGUUUUCACACCAACGAACAGGUGGAUCGUGAGGUCAAAAGGCCACUCAUCAGGGACACAUUGUCUCUGGUCAGCACCGUUCUGGCGGAUAAGAAGCAAAUCUUGCGUGAAGAUCGCAAACGUGUCAAACAGCGUCUGCUUAAGUCCAAGGGCGACUCCGUUCUACGUCCGCGUCCAGUCGCUGGUGCAGCAAAGACCGCAAAUAACGAGCGAAAUCCUCCAUUGGAUCAGCCAGAGAUCGGAUCAUUAGCUCAGCAGGUUGCCUGGGAAGAGAGUCAUAUGGGAAAUUUCAGAAGAAUCAUGCCACCGUCAGAUUCAAGUCGGCUGAACUACUACUGCAAGUUCUACAGUCAAACGAAUCAGGUGUCCAUUUUUCAGGAGACAGCGGCCAGCAAGAAACGAGAGGAUCUGGCACGAAAAAUGCGUCUUCAGAUCGAGGAGAAAAGGGCAAAGCAGGAGCAAAUGUUGCUGGCAAACAACAAACGGAAGCGCACUCUUCCGUCACGCGGUGUUCGUGAGAAGACUCGACAGAAUAUGUAUCGGCUGAGGGAGCAAUGGACGCCCGGAUUUAUAUCAGAGGCAGAAGAACGCCUACGACACACCUGGCAACAAAUGCGCACCGAGGCUAUCAAGAAUCUGAAAAUUACAGAAAGCAUCUAUGCACUUCUCUAUGAUCUGGGUCAUCUGAGCAACACCGAUAUAACAGUCUUUCCAAGUUUGUAUCACUAUCUUCAAUGUGGAUAUGAUAUUAAGGGCGCCACAUGAACUAGAAAUAGAUGUCUUAUGGGUUGGUUAAAUAGUUUCGUAAGCGAUCGCAAAACGAGAGUUAAUUAUAAGAUUAAAAUACUUGAAAAUAUGA